GCCCGGGGGCGGUGGCACCGGGCGGAAGCGGCAGUGCCUGGCGGUUAUGGCGGCGCCGGGCGGGGCGGCGCGGCCCGGGGCCGAGGUCGUGCAGCUCAACGUGGGCGGCAAGAGGUUCAGCACAUCCCGCCAGACGCUGACCUGGAUCUCGGACUCCUUCUUCUCCAGCCUCCUGAGCGGCCGCAUCUCCACCUUGAAGGAUGAGACGGGAGCGAUCUUCAUCGACCGGGACCCCACCGUCUUCGCCCCCAUCCUCAAUUUCCUCCGGACGAAAGAGCUCGACCCCCGAGGCGUCAGCAUCUCCCUCCUCCUCCACGAAGCCCAAUUUUACGGCAUCACCCCUCUAGUCCGCCGCUUGCAGCUGCGGGAGGAAUUAGACCGUUCGUCUUGCGGCAGCGUCCUCUUCAACGGGUACCUCCCCCCGCCAGUUUUACCGGCCAAACGCCGGAACCGGCACAGCGUGGCGGGACCUCAGAUCGCCGCCCGCUUACCGGCGCCGCCCGACCGAGCCCCGGUUCGCCGCAGUAACACCAUGCCCCCCAAUUUGGGGAACGCCGGUUUAUUGGGGCGCCUCUUAGACGACCGAACCCCCCCCACCCCGGCGACCGAACCGGGGGCGGUGCGGAUCGUCUGCGGGCACCACAACUGGAUCGCGGUGGCUUACGCCCAGUUCCUCGUCUGCUACAGGAUGAAGGAGACCUCGGGGUGGCAGCAGGUUUUCUCCAGCCCGCGGUUGGAUUGGGUGAUCGAGCGGGUGGCCCUCAACGCCAAAGUCCUCGGCGGAGCCUUGGGUGACCACGACAAGAUGGUGGCGGUGGCGUCUUCCAGCGAGAUCAUCCUCUGGGCCUUGCAAGCCGACGGCAACGGCAGCGAAAUCGGCGUCUUCCACCUCGGCGUGCCGGUGGAAGCCCUCUUCUUCGUCGGGAACCAACUCAUCGCCACCAGCCACACUGGCAAAAUCGGCGUGUGGAACGCCGUCACCAAGCACUGGCAGAUCCAAGACGUCGUCCCCAUCAACAGCUACGACGCCGCCGGCACCUUCCUCCUCCUCGGUUGCAACAACGGUUCCAUCUACUACGUGGACGUUCAGAAGUUCCCCCUGCGGAUGAAGGACAACGACCUCCUGGUGACGGAGCUUUACCGCGACCCCACCGAAGACGCCGUCACCGCGCUCAGCGUCUACCUCACCCCCAAGACCAGCGACAGCGGGAAUUGGAUCGAGAUUGCCUACGGCACGAGCUCCGGCGUGGUGCGGGUCAUCGUGCAACACCCCGAAACGGUUGGUUCCGGCCCUCAACUCUUCCAAACCUUCACCGUACAUCGAAGCCCCGUCACCAAAAUCAUGCUUUCGGAGAAACACCUCAUCUCCGUUUGCGCCGACAACCACCACGUCCGCACUUGGACGGUGACUCGCUUCCGCGGGAUGAUCUCCACCCAACCGGGCUCGACGCCGUUGGCUUCCUUCAAGAUCCUGUCUUUGGAUGACCUCGACGCUCCCGCCGGUUGCGGCGCCGGCACCGAUAUCGGACCCUUCGGCGAGCGGGACGAGCAACAGGUCUUCAUCCAAAGAGUGGUGCCGGACGCGUGCCAGGUCUUCAUCCGCCUCUCCUCCACCGGCAAGAGGAUCUGCGAGGUGCGCUCGGUCGACGCCGCCGCCAUCACCGCCUUCACCGUCCACGAGUGCGAGGGCUCCAGCCGCAUCGGCUCCCGCCCGCGCCGUUACCUCUUCACCGGCCACGCCAACGGCAGCGUCCAGAUGUGGGACCUCACCACCGCCAUGGAGAUGCUGGGGAAGCCCCCAGAAACGGGAGGUUUGACCGAAGAAGAGCUUUUACGGCAACUGGAACAAUGUGAUUUGGCGUUAACCGGCCCCCCCGGGCCCCCCCGGCCCCCCAGCACCAGCCUCCGCUCGCAGGGGCCCAACCGGGGGGAGACGCCGACUUCAUCCCCCCCCACCCCGAAAUUUCGGGGGGAACCCCUCAGCGGCGCCCCCCAAACCCGCUAUCGGGGGGGGGCGGAGGGGGACCCCCCCUUCUCCGGCCUUUCCCGCGGCGGGGGGAGCUUCGUGGAGCGCUGCCAGGAGCUGGCUCAGCGCCUCGGCCCCCCCGAGCACCCCCAAACCCCCCCCGCGGGCCUUAAACCCAAAGCUUUGCGACCCGCCCCCCCGCGGCGACCCCCCAAUUCCGCCCCCCACCCCCCGCCCGCCCCCAGGAACCAGCCCCCUCCCCCCGGGCCCCCCCCUCCCCCCGCCGCCGAUGCCCUCCCCAUCGUCCCCUUGGUCACCCCCAAAUCCCGGCUUAACGAGACGUCGUUUUGAGGGGGACAGGACCCCCCCCCCCGCACCCCCAAAAUGUGCCUUUAUUGGGGGGGGGGGCUCUGCUGCUCCCCCCCCGCCCCCUCUCACGGAUUUGGGGGGGGUUGCAGAGGAAGAGCCCCCCCCCCAUGCCAAAGCGCUGCGGGUUUUGGGGUGUCCCCCCCCCCCAUACACCCCCUUUCCCCA